AUGUUCUCACUGUCCUACAACUCACUGCAGUAUCGCUCUUCAGGCAUAAUGGAAGACAUUGCGGUUACCAAAUUCAGGGAGUACCUUCGAGUAAACACGGAACAGCCCAAUCCAGAUUACGCUGCAUGUCAGAACUUCCUCUUCAAUCUGGCGGAUGAGCUCGGCAUCGAACGGCGUGCAACUGUGCCAGGCAAACCAUUUAUCAUCAUGACGAUUCCUGGUACUCAGCCUGAGCUCAAGUCUCUGAUGCUCUAUUCUCAUACAGAUGUCGUGCCAACAUUCAAGGUAAGUUGCCUGUCACUUCUACAUUGUGAGAACGGAAUUUAA